GUUUACGUUUACUUUUAAACCAAACGUGUGCCCUGCGCAUUUUCGUUGCCCCCCAUUCUUCGAAUAAACGCGCCGUUUCACGUUCGCUUAAUAAUCGUGCGCGCGAUCAUCAUACUCCAAGUACUCUGUGCAGUGACUAUACUUGAGCUCUUUUAUUUUAGUUUUGCCAGGACACCAAACACGAGACACCAGACAGUAGCCUGUCGUCAUCGGGCUCAUCACCAUGAUACCAUCUUCCAAACUCUAUUAUAACACUAUGAUUACGACAUCCAGACCGCUAUCAUUGUCUCUGGGUCUGCUUUGUCUUUUAUUGUUGUUAUUAUUAUUAUCAUCAUCGUCGUCAUUGUCAUCAGCGACGUCAUCGUCUGGAAGAUGGGCCUGGUGAUGAAUGCUGUCAGUAACCCAAGGCUGAUAUAGAGUUUUGGUGGGACAUUGCAAUACGCCAAGUGAAAGGAGAAGAAGACGAUUGUUGAUUUUAAAAUAAAUAUUUUAAUAAACAAAACGCUACGCUGGAGGUAACAAAGAGAAGGAGGAUGGUUUCCUUGCCGAGCACCGAAUCAGUUACCAUGGAAAGAAUGGAUCGGCUAACCGACGACGAUGACGAUGAGCCCAGCAGUGGAUCUGAGACCUAUGAGGAGGGUGAUCUGUUAUCACACGCUCUGGGUGAUGAUGUUACGGCCCAGCUUGCCGCUGCAGGUUCGAAAAACGCUAAUGGACCUAUUGGUGUUGCCGCUGCAGCAGCGAUCGUAUCUGCUAAAAAACGAAAACGACCACACAGUUUUGAAACAAAUCCCAGCAUAAGAAAACGCCAACAAAAUCGACUUUUAAGAAAACUCAGACAAACCAUAGAUGAAUUUGCGACACGAGUCGGUCAGCAAGCAAUAGUAUUAGUAGCCACACCUGGAAAACCAAAUAGUAGUUACAAAGUAUUUGGAGCAAAGCCUCUUGAAGAUGUAGUUAAAAAUUUAAGAUCAAUGAUAAUGGAAGAAUUGGAGAGUGCAUUAGCACAACAAGCACCACCACCUGUUCAAGAUGAUCCAUCAUUAUACGAAUUACCGCCAUUAAUAAUCGAUGGAAUACCGACACCAGUUGAAAAAAUGACACAAGCACAGCUCAGGGCAUUUAUACCGUUGAUGUUAAAGUAUUCUACAGGUAGGGGUAAGCCAGGUUGGGGCAGAGAAAGCACACGACCUCCUUGGUGGCCCAAAGAGUUGCCAUGGGCAAAUGUGCGUAUGGACGCAAGGUCUGAAGACGAAAAACAAAAGAUUUCUUGGACGCAUGCGCUGAGACAAAUAGUCAUAAAUUGUUACAAAUUUCACGGAAGAGAGGAUCUGUUACCAGCGUUCAAUGAUGACGACGAUAAAUCUAAUAUUUUGGUUCAACAAACGACACCUCAUUCGUCGCAUGCAUCAUCAAGCCAAGGACAAAAUGAACAACAGCAGCAGCAACAAACGGUGGGAGUUGUUCGACUUAGCAGCACGGGUUCAUCUAAGGGAAACUCUUCACCACAACAGAUUCUUUCCGCGUCACCUACAUCUCUUGCCACUGCCACUCAGGUGCUACAGAUGACCACACAGUAUCCAACAACUGUUUUACAAACGAUAACAAAUCAAGAUGGAACAAUAUCAAUAGUUCAAGUAGAUCCAAGUAAUCCAACCAUACAAUUACCUGAUGGUACAAUUGCACAAGUUCAGGGUGUUGCUACUAUUCACACGAGUCAAGGCGAUGUUCAAACACUAACUGAAGUAGGAGGUGCUGAAGGCAGUGUUUCCGUCGAUAUAAACAGUGUGACUGAAGCAACAUUGGGACAAGACGGUCAAAUAAUUCUCACAGGAGAAGAUGGACAUGGCUAUCCAGUAUCAGUGUCCGGCGUGAUCACCGUACCAGUAUCAGCAAGUAUGUACCAAACGAUGGUGGCUAAUAUCCAAAGCGACGGUACAGUUCAAAUGGUGACACCAAUGGUACAAGUUCCAAAAGUUGAACCAGGAAACGGAGAAACAAUUGAAGCUGUUACUAUUCAGGGUCAUCCGAUGACAAUGAUUAAUGCUAAUGGUGAACAUCAGGUAUUACAAGUGAUAUCGCUUAAAGAUGCUAAUGCAUUAACUAAAGCAAUGCAAGGUGAAGUUAUUAAAGAUGAAGAUAGCCAGCAACAGCAAACGGUAUCAAGUCCUGAAUGAAGCGAGGUUUACUCUAUAGUCUUGUCGGAAUGAUUAUUAUUAUUAUUAUUAUCGUUAGUAACGAUUAUUAAUAAUAUAAUUACUUCAAUGGAAAUACGACAAAUGACUAUAGAAGUACGAUUGAUACUCAGUACUGAUUUUGUGUUUAUAACACAAUAACUAUUCCUUCUUUUAAAUUAAAGUUGAGAAUUUAAAAACUAAAAACUAAAAUAGAUAAUGAUUAAUUCAAUAAAAGAAAUAAAAAAUUGAACUAUUUGACGAGUGUGCAUGUUAACGUGUGAUUAGAUUUUUUGAUUAUAUUAUAAUAAUUAGACAAAAAAUAAAUGUAUUGAAUAAUGUGUUUCAAUGAUGAUCAAUGAUAAUGAUGAUGAUGAAAAAAAUUAAGAGAAAUGUUGGGUUUUUUAAUGAUUCAUUC